AUGAAGCGGUUGGAAAAGUUACCGGCUGAGGAAGCGUUGAAGUUCCUCCAUAAAGUAGUUGAUGGUGUGUGCGGCCGCGCAUAUCCUCGCUACCAAGACUAUAACACUGUUUGGAAUUUGACAGAAUGGAUGGAAGUUUUAGAACAAGCUGCGACAUAUUUUAAAUCCACAGUUGGCAAAGAUCUCUCAGAUGAAGAGGCUCUUCAGCAGCUGAGUGAGCUGAGUUUUGAUUCUCAGAGGGCUGUAGCGACUUGCUUGAAAGGUAGAAAGCCCGAUAUCAGGCAUGCCCUGAUUAAGAGAACAAAUGCCAUCUCUUCUGCACAGCUACAGGAUUUUGACUGGCAGCUAAAGCUUGCCCUGUCUAGUGAUAAGCUCUCCACGCUGCAAAUGCCGCUUCUGAAUCUUGAUCUGGACGUGUCAGAGAAUGGUGACACGAAGCAGUACUCUGUAGAAAUGAAUAAGGAUGAGCUACAAAACCUGCUCAGCGCAUUGGAGGCUGCUAAUAAAGUUGUCCUGCAGCUGAAAUGAUUGGAACUAUCUGGAUGCUUGCCAACGAUGAAGAAAUUGGCCUGUAUUCCGCAGAGUUCAAGGCUUUGUGCUUUUUGAAGUC